AUGAACUCAACCCUCCAAUGUUCAACCCAAGAUGGCCCGGCCAUUAGCAUCUUUGAGCUUCUUUGUCAAAACCGAUCCAAGCUAAUGUCUGGACCAAACCACGUCUCCACCAUUGAUAGUAUAAUCGAACUUGGCAACUGGUAUGCUGACCGGGGGAAGCUGGCAGAGGCCGAGGUCUUGUACCAGCACGCGUUGCAGGGCUAUCGUGGUGCCUUGGGGCAGUAUGCCGUCUCCUCGCUGGAAACCUUGGAUAGUCUUGGAAUCAUAUAUUCCGCAGCAAAUAAACCCGAUGAAGCUAGAAGGAUGUUAUUUUCAGCUCUUGAGAGCAAGCUGAAGGUCUUCGGCCCUGAACACCGUUCCACGCUCAUGACGGCACAUAACAUCGGAAAAUUCUACGCCGACCAGGGUGAAAACAGAUGA